GGGGAGGGGGCGCGGCUGGGCGGGGGCUGCCGGGAAGGCUCCUGGGUUCCUGGUCGCGCCGCAGUUGCCGAGGGAGGCCCGGCACCGACCAGGCCCAGGCAGCCGGGCCUGAACGGGCUGCGCGGCGCGGCCGCGAACGGGGGCUGGGGUCGCCAUCGAUGUGCAGGGGUCGGAGCCCAGACUUUGGGGGACAUUUUAAAGCACAGCGUGGGAAGGGGAGGCUGCAGGCGCGCUGGCAGACUUGGGGCUGGAGGAGCCCAGCCGCGGGGCUGGGGGUCGGGGUAGGGAGAUAUAGGAAGGGCCCUUCCCUGUCGCCCACCCUCUUGCCACUCCCAGCUAGGCAGGAGGUCAUGUCCUCUGAGAUCCUGAGAAGGUGGCUGCAGCCCUUUGGACCUCCGGGGGAGGCAGUGAUAAUUAGCCUCCUCCUCCCAUCAUGUUCCGAGGAUGGGAGAAAGGAUGGUGACAGCACUGGAGGCCUGGGGUGCUCUGCCGGGCUGCGCAGUAUAUCCCCAUUAAAGACUGUCUGGCUUACUGAAAAAGGCUGGCCCUGGAAUCAAAGAAGAUCCCGGCUCCUUCCCCCUCUGCCCUUAUUUUUGACCUUGGGCAGUGCCUUCCACGUUUGUUGUGAGAAGCCAGAGAAAAAAAUCAGAGCUCACCUUUUAUUAAAGUACCUGAUGUACCCUAAGCUCCUUGGACCGCCCCAGUGACCCCUGGAGCCACAGGAGGGUGUCCAGAAGCCACAAGCUAUGGCUGUGGGGAACAUCAACGAGCUGCCGGAGAACAUCCUGCUGGAGCUGUUCACGCACGUGCCCGCCCGCCAGCUGCUGCUGAACUGCCGCCUGGUCUGCAGCCUCUGGCGGGACCUCAUCGACCUGGUGACCCUCUGGAAGCGCAAGUGCCUGCGAGAGGGCUUCAUCACCGAGGACUGGGACCAGCCCGUGGCCGACUGGAAGAUCUUCUACUUCCUACGAAGCCUGCAUAGGAACCUCCUGCACAACCCGUGUGCUGAAGAGGGGUUCGAGUUCUGGAGCCUGGAUGUGAAUGGAGGCGAUGAGUGGAAGGUGGAGGAUCUCUCUCGAGACCAGAGGAAGGAAUUCCCCAAUGACCAGGUUCGCAGCCAGGCCAGAUUGCGGGUCCAAGUACCAGCUGUGCGUUCAGCUCCUGUCGUCCGCGCACGCGCCUCUGGGGACCUUCCAGCCAGACCCGGCAACCAUCCAGCAGAAGAGCGAUGCCAAGUGGAGGGAGGUCUCCCACACAUUCUCCAACUACCCGCCCGGCGUCCGCUACAUCUGGUUUCAGCACGGCGGCGUGGACACUCAUUACUGGGCCGGCUGGUACGGCCCGAGGGUCACCAACAGCAGCAUCACCAUCGGGCCCCCGCUGCCCUGACGCCCCCUGAGCCCCCAUCUGCUGAACCCUGACUGGUAAACAACUGCUGUCAGAAAACGGCUGGGCUUGGGAAGGGGAGGUGGAGGCCAGGCAUCCCCAGACCUCUGACCCUUGCCCCCAGCUGCCUCUUCUUUGUGGAGCCUCUCGGCGUGGGCAGCCCUCACAUGCUGGGGUGGGGGCCAGCUCUCCCCAAAAGGUCUUGACCUGAACGAUGGGUGAGGAAGCCUGCAUGGGCCCUUUUCAGAGCACCUGAGAGGUGGGAGGUGCGGCGUGUUCCCCCGGGCCCCUCAGAAAGUCGAGCUUGGAGGCCAGCCUGGAUCUGUCUCUCCCUUCCCCUCCUGGGACCAUUCUACCUGUGUUCUUUGACCCUCAGAGCAGGGACAGGCAAGACAUCUGGCAAGCUUGCAGCUGCCCUGAUGGUGCAGGGAGGUGACCGUGUAACUCAGACCAGUCUGGGAAGUGGAGGGUGGGCUCAUGGGCCAUGCUCUGCCCCUGUCUGCUGCUCCCAGUCUCUUUACUCUGCCUGCCUGCUCAGAAGAGGUGGCUUUGGCCCAGAGGCUCAGGCCCGGUCUGAGAUGGGCAGACCCAGGGUGGAGUGGGGUCCAGGUCAGGUGUGGACUGUCCUCACUAUCAAUAGAGCCCCAGAAGCUAGAUGGGUGCCAGGUGGGGGUCAGGUUCCCAGAGGACUGAGGGAAUCCUGCACAGGAUGUCCCAGGGUAGGUGGGGAGCAGGAUUGGGACCUGCUCUGACAGCUGGACACGUGAGCCCUGGAUGAGUGUGGUAGGGUGUUUGAAGGAUCCCCUGCCCACCUCCCAAAUCCAGGCCAGACCCCCUCUGGCUUGGAGAGCACUCCAAGCCCCCACCUCACCCCUAGAACUGCCAUUCCCAAGACCUCUGUCUCCCACCCAGCCACCCUUGGAACUUGCCUCUUGUCCUGCUGGAAGGACAGCAGUGUUCUCCCGACCUCGCCCUACUGCAUGCAGUCAAAUAAAAGGUGUGCCCAGCCUAA